GCAGAGCUGCCGGGCCGCCAGCGGUGUCGUACCAGCACAUUGAUUGUCUUGAAAUAUAAUCCCAGCGGCAGCUCCUGUGAGUUUUGUGAUCAAGAUGGGGGACUCCAACAUGGACGCCAGCGCGCCCACGUCUGAGACAGUGGCUGAAGAAGUCUCUCUUUUCAGCAUGAUGGACAUGUUUCUGUUCUCACUCACUGUGGGCCUCCUGACCUACUGGUUCCUCUUCAGAAAGAAAAAAGACGAAAUCCCCGAGUUCACCAAAAUUCAAACAACGACAACCUCUGUGAAAGACAGCAGCUUCGUGGAAAAGAUGAAGAAGACGGGCAGGAACAUCAUCGUGUUCUAUGGCUCCCAGACGGGGACCGCCGAGGAGUUUGCCAACCGCCUGUCCAAGGACGCCCACCGCUAUGGAAUGCGGGGCAUGGCAGCAGACCCUGAAGAGUAUGACUUGGCCGACCUGGGCAGCCUUUCAGAGAUAGAGAACUCCCUGGCAGUGUUCUGCAUGGCCACCUACGGCGAGGGGGACCCCACUGACAAUGCCCAGGACUUCUAUGACUGGCUCCAGGAGGCGGACGUGGACCUCUCUGGAGUCAAGUAUGCGGUGUUCGGCCUUGGGAACAAGACCUACGAGCACUUCAAUGCCAUGGGCAAGUAUGUGGACAAGCGGCUGGAGCAGCUCGGUGCCCAGAGGAUCUUUGAGCUGGGGUUGGGCGACGAUGACGGAAACCUGGAGGAGGAUUUCAUCACGUGGCGAGAGCAGUUCUGGCCAGCCGUGUGUGAACACUUUGGGGUGGAAGCCACAGGAGAGGAGUCCAGCAUUCGCCAGUAUGAGCUGCUGGUGCACACAGACAUAGACGCAGCCAAGGUGUACGUGGGUGAGAUGGGCCGCCUGAAGAGCUAUGAGACCCAGAAACCCCCCUUUGAUGCCAAGAAUCCAUUCUUGGCCGUAGUCACCACCAACCGGAAGCUGAACCAGGGAACUGAGCGCCACCUCAUGCACCUGGAAUUAGACAUCUCAGAUUCCAAAAUCAGGUAUGAAUCCGGGGACCAUGUGGCCGUUUACCCGGCCAAUGACUCUGCCCUGGUCAACCAGCUUGGCGAGAUCCUGGGUGCCGACCUGGACGUCAUCAUGUCCCUAAACAAUCUCGAUGAGGAGUCCAACAAGAAACACCCGUUCCCCUGCCCCACCUCCUACCGGACGGCCCUCACCUACUAUCUGGAUAUCACCAACCCGCCGCGCACCAACGUGCUCUACGAGCUGGCCCAGUAUGCCUCGGAGCCCUUCGAGCAGGAGCAGUUGCGCAAAAUGGCCUCCUCCUCAGGCGAGGGCAAGGAGUUGUACUUGACCUGGGUCGUGGAGGCCCGGAGGCACAUCCUGGCCAUCCUGCAGGACUACCCAUCCCUGCGGCCCCCCAUCGACCACCUGUGUGAGCUGCUGCCUCGGCUCCAGGCCCGCUACUACUCCAUCGCCUCGUCCUCCAAGGUCCACCCCAACUCCGUGCACAUUUGUGCCGUGGCUGUGGAAUAUGAAACCAAGACUGGCCGCAUCAACAAAGGUGUGGCCACCACCUGGCUGCGGGCCAAGGAGCCCGCCAAGGAGAAUGGCCGCCGGGCCCUGGUGCCCAUGUUUGUGCGCAAGUCCCAGUUCCGCCUGCCAUUCAAGGCCACCACGCCCGUCAUCAUGGUGGGCCCUGGCACUGGGAUUGCCCCCUUCAUAGGCUUCAUCCAGGAGCGGGCCUGGCUGCAGCAGCAGGGCAAGGAGGUGGGGGAGACGCUGCUCUACUACGGCUGCCGCCGGUCGGAUGAGGACUACCUGUACCGCGACGAGCUGGCCCAGUUCCACAGGGACGGCUCCCUCACCCAGCUCAACGUGGCCUUCUCCCGGGAGCAGGCCCACAAGGUCUAUGUGCAGCACUUACUGAAAAGGGACAAGGAGCACCUGUGGAAGCUGAUCCAUGAGGGAGGUGCCCACAUCUACGUCUGCGGGGAUGCUCGGAACAUGGCGAGGGAUGUGCAGAACACGUUCUACGACAUCGUGGCCGAGCUGGGGACCAUGGAGCAUGCCCAGGCCGUGGACUACAUCAAGAAGCUGAUGACCAAGGGCCGCUACUCGCUGGACGUGUGGAGCUAGGAGUGACCCAGCACAGUCUUGCUCUACCCUCUCGCUCUAUAGACUCGCCUGCCCAUGUAAUCACUUUCCUUACUCCCUUCUGCUGGUCUCCCAGGCAGUUCCUGCUGGGCCUUGCCACCAGAGGCAGGCCCAGUGACAGACUGUUCUGGGCCCACGAUGUGCCCUCCAGAGCCCCCCAGCCCCAGGGCCCGUGGCCAAGGGUGACCGGGCCCGCACUUUGUGAACACCUCAGGCCCAGUGGCUAUACAAAAGGGGCUCCUCUCUCAGCUGAGCUGGGGCCUGCCCCUUCCACGUGAUUUUCAAUGAGUGUAAAUAAUUUUAAAUAACUUCUGGCCCUUAGAAUAAAGUUCUGUUUUCUGUA